GUUCCCGUCCUCCCGUCUCACCUCAGCAACGAUCAAGUCACAAUCGUUCAGAAUAGCUGCUCGUACUCCAGCUCCCGCGCGCCCACUCGCAGGGCCUGGUCCGGACAGACGUGCCUCGUCUCUCAGCUCACACUCCCACUCCCUAUGUAGCUGAUGCAAUGACCAGCAGGCCCCCACGUACGGGCCCACCGAGGUCAUGACCGAAGCCGGAUCGCACCGUUGCCAGCCGUAUAAAGCACAAGGCAUGCCGAGCGCUCUUGGCUAGCCCUGUCUGAUCUUCAGAUCGAUAUUCCACUUCUUUAUCCAUCCACCAUUCGCGUCACACACCUCAGCAUGGUCCAGCUCAGCUCCGCCUUCAAGAUAUCGCGCCCGUGGCAGGGCGUCGGCCCAUGGAUCUUCGGGACGUUCCAUGUCGACAAGUAUCCCGAGGGCAAGCCUGACAUGUCGCCAAACGCCUCGCUCGCCGGCCGCGACAUCGGGAUGGACAUGAACAACCCCUCUGGCUGGAGCAUGUACCACGGCGACCACAUCCCUGGGUUCCCCGCACACCCGCACCGCGGCUUCGAGACUGUGUCCAUCGUGACGAAGGGAUACAUCGACCACGCCGACUCGACGGGCGCCGGCGCGCGCUACGGCAAGGGCGACACGCAGUGGGUAACGGCCGGCAAGGGCGUGAGCCACAGCGAGAUGUUCCCGCUCGUGCACACGGACAAGGGCAACCCGCUCGAGCUGUACCAGCUGUGGCUGAAUCUUCCGGCGAAGAACAAGCUCGUGCCCCCCGAAUUCGUCAUGUUCUGGGACGAGAAGACGCCCGUCGUCAAGAAGGAGAACACGCACGGGUGUGCCAAAGCGACGAUCGUCGCGGGCAAGUGGGACAACGUCGACCCCCUCCCGCCCCCCAAGAACUCGUACGCCGCCGACCCCAACAACGACGUCGCCGUCUGGCUUCUCCAGCUCGAGCCGCACGCCACCAUCAAGGUGCCCGCCAAGAACUUCCCGGAGACGGAGCGCGCGUUCUACGUCCACCACAACAACAGUAUGGAUCCCGACCCAAGCAUCAAGGUCAACAUCGGGGGCCAGUGGGUCGAAGCUGGCGAGGGCGUGCGCCAGGAGGACACGGAGCGUGUCACGGUCACGAAUGGUCCCAAGGCCGCGCGCGUUAUCGUCAUGCAGGGCAAGCCGAUCAAGGAGCCCGUGGCCCAGCGCGGGCCGUUCGUUAUGAACACCCAGGCUGAGCUGCAGCAGGCGUUCAUGGACUACCAGCGCACCCAGUUCGGUGGCUGGAAGUGGGACUCGCAGCAGCCCGUGUACCCCCGUGAGACGCCGCGCUUUGCGGACCAUGGAGACGGCAAGCGUGACUACCCCGCUGGGGAGAAGGCUACGCCGCAAUCGCUGUGAUGCGGGCAACUCAAAAUGACCUUCUCAUUUCUCGACACUUGACCCUCAUAUCGGAUCGAGGCUGUAUGAUGCAUUCAGAAGCUGACUGUCUGUGCAAUGGCCCGUCUCCGAGAUCCAGAAUCAAGGACUUGAGAGCCGUGACCAUAGAGACAGAGUACUGAUCCUCGGAUGUCUUUUAAGAACCAACUGAGCAGGAUCCGCACGAGCGGCUCACAAUGUAGACCAGCUUCCGAAGCCCAAUUAACGGUACUCACAUCUAUCUGCAGCAGUCUAAAGCUCUAUUACUCAAACACGGGCAUCC